UCUAUGAGAGCAGCUGGGUACACUGCGAGAAGGAACUCAGUUUUGCCGCAGAGAUGGGUACUCCUGAGAAGCCAACGGUCGUCAUCUCCGGCAUGUCCGGACGCUUUCCGGGAUGCGACUCAGUAGAGGAGCUAAAGGAAAAGCUGUACAGUGGAGAGAACAUGGUAACUGCCGGCGGGUGCCGCUGGGGGAGUGGAUUGUGGGGUGAAGAACCCCAUAUAGGCAAGCUAAACAGCCUUUCACAUUUUGAUGCAGAAUUCUUUAAUCUUCCCCCUGCAAUAGCUGAUAAAAUGGAUCCACAAGCUCGCAUAAUGACUGAAGUUGUGUGUGAAGCUAUAAUUGAUGCUGGUGUGAAUCCUUUAACACUCCGAGGCUCUCGUACUGGUGUUUUUGUGGGACUGUGCUUUUGUGAUUCUGAGUUUUACUGGUUUUCUGGUCUGCACUUGUUCAACAAAACAGGGGCAUUACAUUCUUUCAGAAGUCUUCUUGCAAAUAGAAUAUCAUACAUCUUUGACUUCAAAGGGCCAAGCAUAAUGCUUGACACUGCUUGCUCAUCCAGUAUCUAUGCACUAGAAAAAGCUACCUCCAGCUUUUAUGAUGGAACAUGUGAUGCUGCAGUGAUUGUGGGCUGUAACCUGCUACUCAACCCCCUUACAUCAUCAAUGCUACAACUCAUCAAUGCAACAAAUACAAGAGGCUGUUGCUGCAGUUUUGAUGAAGCAGCUGAUGGAUAUGUAAGAAGUGAAGCAGUAGCUGCAAUAUUUCUUCAAAAAUCUGAUAUUGCUCGCCGUCACUAUGCAGAAAUUGUACAUAUUGGUAUAAACACUGAUGGCCAUAAAACCACAAGCAUGUCUUACCCAUCAAGAGAAAUGCAGUCACGUUUGCUGGAAGAGACCUACAGAUCAGCUUCUAUUGACCCAGCAAGUGUGGAUUAUAUUGAAGCCCAUGGAACAGGCACAAAGGCAGGUGACCCUGAAGAACUAGGUGCACUGUCAGAUGUGUUUUUGAAGAACAGACCAUCUCCUUUGUUGAUAGGGUCAGUAAAAUCAAAUAUGGGUCAUGCAGAAGGAGCUUCAGGAAUGUGUUCUAUAAUCAAAUCACUACUAAUUCUUGAAAGUAAUGAAAUUCCUCCCAACCUGCAUUACAAUAAGCCAAAUCCUAAAGUGCCAACUCUUUCAGAUGGAAGACUGAAGGUGGUCACCAAGCGACGUAAUUUUCAUGGUAAUUUAAUCGGAAUUAAUUCUUUUGGACUUGGUGGAUCAAAUGCACAUGUAAUUCUAAGAAGACCACAAACAGCCCAGAGAAAAGAUUGUUACAUAUAUCCCCUGACUAAAGUAAUCUGCGUAUCUGGACGCAAUCAGAUGGCUGUGAAGACACUGCUGAGUAAGCUUCAAGACGAGAAUAAAAAUCAUGCAUUCCAAGCACUUAUACAAGAAAUACACUCAGUAAACAUCAUACGACAUGACUGGAGGGGCUACAUGGUGAUGAAUCCCAAUGGCAGCAGCCUGCAAGACGUACAGGUCUGCAACAAACAAAGAAAAUCAGUGUGGUUUAUUUUCUCUGGACUUGGUAGCCAAUGGCCGGCAGCAGGAAGGAUAUUUCUGCAACUAUCAGUCUUAAAAGACGUCAUAAGACAAUGUGCAGAGUCACUGUAUCCAUUCAAAAUUGAUCUUUUUGAGAUCCUCCAAGAUGAACAAAACGAUAUAUACACAAAUCAUACUAAAGCAUUCAUUUCCAUAGUUACAAUCCAGAUCUGCUUAGUCACUCUACUGAGAGCAGUUGGUGUGCAGCCAGAUGGCAUCAUUGGACAUUCACUUGGAGAAAUUGCAGCAGGUUUUGCAGAUGGUUGCUUAACAGCUCAACAGGCAGUGCUUAGUGCUUACUACAGGGCAGAAGCUAUAAGAAGUAUGGAGUUUAGUGGUGGAGCAAUGCUUUCAGCAGGGAUUUCAGCAGAGCAAGCAAAAGAUAUCAUCAAUCCCUGUGUUGAUAUUGCAUGCCACAAUAGUUCUAGUCAUAUUGCACUAUCAGGCCCAAGCUCAGACAUCAUGAUGUUGAAGAAGAAGCUGAGCAUACAGGAUGUGAUUGUGAAGGAAAUUGAAUCAGGUGGAGUCGCCUUUCAUAGCAGAUAUAUAAAAUCUGCUGAACACGUACUCCUACAGAAUAUGAAGAAGGUGAUACCAAAAUCAAGGAAACGUUCAGAGAAAUGGAUUAGUUCCAGUGUACAUAAGAAUGAGUGGGACUCUUCAUUUGCAAAAGAAUGCUCUGCUGAAUACCUAACACACAACAUGAUGUCACCAGUAUUAUUCUCAGAUGCUGUGUCUAUGAUACCGCACAAUGCAUUUGUAAUAGAAAUAGCUCCACAAGGAAUAUUGCAGGGAGUAAUGCGUGGGGCACUGCCUACUUCUGUGUCAACAGCAAGUACAAUGUCACGUUAUGACAACUCUUUGCUGCAGUAUUCUCUUGUUUUGGGAAGGUUGUACUUGUCUGGAUCGCAAAUAUGUCUUACAAAACUAUACCCUCGCAUUCAGUACCCAGUCCCCACUGGCACACCACAGAUUUCAUCCCUAGUAAAAUGGAAUCAUGAUCAGGAGUGGUUUGUACCAGUUUUCUCUGAUAAGGACUGGCUAAAUAAACAUUACCAUACAUACGAGAUUGAUCUCAACAAACCUGAAGAUGAGUGGUACAGGGGCCAUACAAUUGAUGGUAGAAUAAUCUUCCCAGCAUCUGGAUAUCUGGUUCUCGCUUGGAAGACACUGGCAGCGCAUAAAAGCAUCAAGUAUGAGAAGCUACCAGUCCUUUUUCACAAUGUGCAUUUUCAGAGGGCGAGUAUUUUUCCAUCCACUGGGAAGCUCACUUUCAGUGUCGAGAUCCUCUUUACAGAAGGGCAAUUUGUUAUUUGUGAAAGUGAUGAAAUAGUUGUGUCUGGUCACAUAUUUGUCUGUCAGGAACCAGACAAGGAAUUUAUUACCAUGAAUAAUGCUUCUCAGACUGGUCAACAAAGUGCUGUACCAUUACUCAAGAGUAAGGAUGUGUACUUGGAUUUGCACUUACAAGGAUAUCAGUACACAGGAGUGUUUAAAGGAAUAUUGGAAUUAGAUGACAGUGGAGCCAAAGUUUGUUUCACCAAGAACUGGGUUGCUCUAAUGGACACUGUCUUGCAGGUAGCCUUAAUGAAGAGUGCUUGGAGAUAUUUCUCACAUGUCUGUGUCCCAACAAAACUUCGGAAGGUGGUUAUCAAUCCAGAGAAAAUUAGUCAGGCAGGUGAAGCUGUAUUUGUCAUUGUUGACGAAGCACUAAAAACUGUAGGCUGUGAGGGAAUGCAGUUCUCUGACGCAGAGACAGCAGCAAUACCACGCCGUUCACCAAAUGAUCAGCCAUCGUGCAGUUACAAAAAUUUUGUACCUUAUCAUAAUUUCCUUACAGAUACAUUUACAGCUCUUGGCGUUUGUCUACAGAUCUUUGUUGAAAACUGUGUUAAACAGGUUAACAUUAAAACUGCUGUUUUUUCUGACAAUGAUAAAGUUAAAUAUACUUCUGCAGUUUCAAAAUGGUUUUCUGAAAACCCAUGGAUGAUGAUGAAACAGUACUUGAUUUCUGAGACAUAUUCGGCAGAAGUUGACACAAAACUUGGUUCAGAAAUAACAGUCUGUAAUAAACCAACAAUAAAUGAUUUUGAUCUAGUGUUAACUGACACUUUAGAUCAGAAACGAAGGGUGGCAAUGAAGAAUGAUGGUUUCAUGAUUCUGAAUUCAAACUCCAGUAGUCUACCUACAGAAAUGAAAGUACUUUCAAAGAUUUCUUCAAGGGAUGGAACAUACAUAUACUUGCUCCAAAAGGAAAAAACUGCAAGACCAAAAUUGAAGACAAUAACCAUUACAAGUGACAAGCAGUUUUCAUGGGUGAAGGACCUGAAGCAGUGUGUAGAAGGUGGAGAGCAUGAUAUACUUCUAAUUUCAGAAGAUAAGAUAUCAAAUGGUGUAGUGGGUUUAGUCAACUGCCUUAGAAAAGAACCUGGAGGGGAGAAAAUCAGGUGUCUGGUACUUCUUGAUUCUGAUGUUCCCAAAUUCGAUCCUAAUCUUCCAUUCUACAAUAAUCAACUUGCAUUAGGAUUGGCAGUGAAUGUAUAUAAAGAUCAGUGCUGGGGAAGCUACAGAUACACUUUGCAACCACCAGAACCACUUUCAGUAAUGACAGAAUAUGCUUACUUGAACAUACAGAACCCAGGAAAUUUGUCAAGUCUAUGCUGGGUGCAGGCAGAGCCACCAUUGAUGAGUAAUACAGCGGAUUUUCCAGAAACUUAUUUCUCUGUAUAUUAUUCUGCCCUCAAUUUCAAAGACAUAAUGAUGGCAAGUGGAAAACUCCCAAUUAAUGUUCUCCCAGAAAAAUUAUCAGAACAGAACAGCAUACUUGGUCUGGAAUUCUCUGGUAAAGAUAAAAAUGGUAGACGAGUAAUGGGGCUUCUACCUGGCCAAGGCUUAGCAACUAAUGUUAUUGCUGAGAAUGUUUAUGAUGUCCCACAGUCAUGGAGUUUGGAGGAUGCAGCUACAGUACCUGUUGUAUACACUACAGCAUAUUAUGCUCUUAUCAUAAGAGGAAGAUUGAAACAUGGUGAGACUGUUCUGAUUCAUGCAGGAAGUGGUGGUGUGGGACAAGCAGCUAUCUCAAUUGCACUGCACAUGAAUUGCACUGUAUAUACUACAGUUAGCAACCACCAUAAAAAACAAACACUUCGUUCAAUAUUCCCACAGCUAAAGGAAUACAACUUUGCAAAUUCAAGAGAUACGAGCUUUGAACAACACAUUCUGCAGCAAACUCAAGGAAGAGGGGUGGACCUUGUUCUCAAUUCUCUUUCUGGAGAUAAACUACAAGCCUCAGUUCGAUGUGUUGCUGAAUAUGGACGUUUCAUAGAAAUUGGACAGUAUGAUCUGUAUACUGACAAACAGCUAGGUCUUGGUGUGUUCCUGAAAAAUAUUUCUUUUCAUGGAGUUCGUCUGGAUCUACUCUUUGGAUCUCAUCAUGAUGAUGAAAUUUAUCAGCUGAAGAAGUUGAUGGAGGAAGGGUUAAGGACAGGUGUUGUAAAACCUCUGCCCAGGAAAGUAUUUUCAAGAAAUCUAGCAGAAGAUGCCUUCAGGUACAUGGCUGGUGCGCGCCAUAUAGGAAAAGUGCUGCUUUGUAUCAGGGAAGAAGAAAAACAUAAUGAGUCCAAGGUGUCACAGCCCUUGAGGGUACAGGCAAAACCUAGAAUUAGCUUCAGUCCCAGUGCAGUCUGUAUUGUAACAGGUGGUCUUGGAGGAGUUGGCCUUCAACUAUCAAACUGGCUAGUUUCACGUGGCCUGCAACAGUUGGUCAUAACAUCUAGAAGAGGGGCCUGCACAGCAUAUCAGCAGCACUGCCUAGAAAGGUGGAGGAAAAAGGGUGUGACAGUGCAUAUUGCAGUGGAUAAUAUGUGCACAAGUGAUGGAACAAAAAGCAUUGUAGCCCAGGCAAAUAAAAUGGGCACUGUCAUAGGUAUAUUUCAUCUGGCUGCAGUGAUAAAAGAUGGCUUCAUAUACAAUCAGUCAGUGGAAACAUUCCGUGAAGUGUGGGAGCCCAAAUAUACAGGAGCACACUGGUUAGAUAUGGAAUCUAGAACACUAUGCCCUGGCCUUAAGUACUUUGUAGUUUUCUCAAGUGUAGCUGCAGGAUGUGCUAUGCCUGGCCAAUCAAAUUAUGCCUUUGCCAACUGUGCAGUAGAACGUCUAGUUGAAUACCGCAGAGAAUCUGGAUUACCCGGUUUAGCUAUUCAGUGGGGACCAAUUGCUGAUGUUGGACUUGCAGCUGAUUCGGAAUUUCAUUUUGGAGUAAAACAUCAAACAAUAGCCUCCUGCAUGAUGGAACUUGAAAAGCUAAUGCUAAAUCAUGAAGAAAGUGUAGCAAGAUGUAUUUUGAUCACCAAAGAUACUGGUAUUUCCAUCAGAGGACAUCAAAGAAAUGAUAAACUGUUAACCAACAUUACUAAAGUUCUAGGACUACCUGACAUUAGCAGCUUAUCACCAGAUAUUACAUUAGAAUCACUUGGCAUGGAUUCAUUAAUGCAAAUAGAGAUACGUCUCUGCAUUGAACAAUAUUUUGGAAAAUCUCUUAGUGCUGAGGAAGCUCGCUCUCUGACUGUUCAGAAUCUGCUUGAUUUUGAAAGAGCACACACAUCAGAUCUCAGUGGUAGAGCUAGUUCUGUUACUGAAGCUGAGACACCAGAAAACAUUAAUCACUUCCAAAUGGAAAGGACGGAUGAGAUACCUUUGAAUGCAGCUGAAAAGCAAUUUGUUCUUCUGGACUUCAGUGUUUCUCCACUUGUCCCAGAAGAGACAUUGGUGGUGCUUGCUGAUGAACCUAGUCAUCAGGCAUUGCCCAUUUUCUUUGUGCAUCCAAUAGAUGGAACCUGCAGACUUUUAAAAGAAACUGCACACAGCAUGAAGAGAACAGUUUAUGGACUGCAAUUUUCCUAUGAGUCACCACGAACAACAUUUAUAGAGCUUGCUACAUUUUAUGUCAGACAAAUGCAUGCAGUACAAUCAACUGGUCCUUAUAUACUUCUUGGUUACUCUGCGGGUGGUGCCAUCAGUUUUGAAAUGGCCAGGCAGAUGGAAGCAGUUGGAGAAACAGUGCUUCUAAUUAUAUUAGAUUUUUUACCGAAUCCAUUGGAAACUGGUUUUUCAACAUUGUUGACUUUGGAAGUUGGAUUACUAACACAAAUAGUAUCACACUUCCUUUCCAAGCUUGAUGAAGAAAAGCUGAAAUCAAAACUAUUUUCUCUGCGUGAUUGGUGCGCACGACUUGAGUACUGUCUCCACCUUGUUGGUCCACACCACCCCAAAGAUCUUCAGUCAGCUCUUGAGAACUGCUACUGGCUGAUGAAAGCCAUUAAUGAAUACAGAAUUCCAUCUGACAGAGGAGUGAAAGCACCUCUCCUGCUUGUAGCGGCAACUGAUGGCAUCAUUAAACACAGAAUAAACAAACGCUAUAAUUUUCAAAAGCUAACCACUGGACCUUUUGAUAUAAAAUACGUAGAAGGCAACCAUACAACAUUUUUGCAAGGUCCUGAGAGAUGUAAAGCAGUAGCUGAUAACAUUAAUGAAUGGUUAGAAGAACACAAGUCUCUGCUACCAGACGGUUUUUGACAAUAAACUGUGAAACAGGGCCAUACAAGUGCAUUAGCCAAAUACUUUUCUUUUGCUCACAUAAUUGGCAUGUGUAAUACAUGCAUCACCUACAGAUCUUUUUUAUUGGUGUUAUAUCAUGUUUAUUAUUUACGAUAUUAUGUUGGAUGGACUGGAAAAUAUAAGGAUAAUUAUUAUUACUGUCAUUGUAUUACCCAUUCCUAUAAUGUACUAAAAAUAUUAUAAAAUUGUAUUGCACUGAAAUAGAAAACUGUAUUAAUAAUUUUA